AGUAGAGUCGGGGUUUCGCCAUGUUGGUCAGGCUGGUCACGAACUCCCGACCUCAAGUGAUCCGUCCGCCUCGGCCUCCCCAAGGUCGGGGGUCACGGGCGCGCCCCCGCCGGGCCCCGGACGCCGCGGAAGUCGCUCCUCAGCCGGGAGGAGCAGCCAAGGCCCCGCCCACGCCAACCGCCUCGCCUGCCGCCGCGCGGUUUCCACGGUGACGGGCGCCCAGCGGGGCUGCCUGGCCGAGCCGGGUGCAGCGGCCGCGGGAAGGUCCCGGCGAUGGCGAGAUGAGCGUUGCGGGGGUGGUGGCGGGGACGCGCCCCCCCAGCUCGCCCACCCCGGGCUCCCGGCGCCGGCGCCAGCGCCCCUCCGUGGGCGUCCAGCCCGGGGGGCCGCAGAGCCCGCAGCUCCGGCCCAGCGACCCGCAGAAACGGAACCUGGACCUGGAGAAGAGCCUGCAGUUCCUGCAGCAGCAGCACUCGGAGAUGCUGGCCAAGCUCCACGAGGAGAUCGAGCACCUGAAGCGGGAGAACAAGGAUCUCCAUUACAAGCUCAUAAUGAAUCAGACAUCACAGAAGAAAGACGGCCCCUCAGGAAACCACCUUUCCGGGGCCUCUGCUCCCUUGGGUGCGUGCUGGGUCUGCGUCCGCGGAGUGUGGGUAGAGCCGGGAGGACACAGCCCUGCCAGGCUGAAGGAGGGCCCCUCACGGACACACAGGCCAGGAGGCAAGCACGGGCGUCUUGCAGGCGGCAGCACCGAGCUGCGCUCUCCUGCAGACAGCCUCUCCACGUCCAGCUUCCCAUCUGUCAAGUCCAUCUCUAACUCAGGCAAGGCCAGGCCCCAGCCCGGCUCCUUCAACAAGCAAGAUUCGAAAGCUGACGCCCCCCAGAAGGCAGACCUGGAAGAGGAGCCCCUACUUCACAACAGCAAGCUAGACAAGGUUCCUGGGGUGCAAGGGCAGGCCAGAAAGGAGAAAGCAGAGGCCUCUAACGCAGGCGCGGCCUGUAUGGGGAGCAGCCAGCACCAGGGCAGGCAGAUGAUGGGGGUGGGGGCACACCCCCCAAUGAGCCUGCCCCUUCACCUGCGAAAACCCACCACGCUGAAGCAGUGCGAAGUGCUCAUCCGCGAGCUGUGGAACACCAACCUCCUGCAGACCCAGGAGCUGCAGCACCUCAGGUCCCUCCUGGAAAGGAGCCAGAGGCCCCAGGCAGCCCCAGAGGAGGCUGGGUCUAGCUCUCCCAGGGACCAGGAAGCCAUGCAUUUUCCUAAGGUCUCCACUAAGGGCCUCUCGAAGAAAUGCCUGCUUCUGAGCCCGCCUGUGGCGCAGCGUGCCGUCCUGCCUGCCCUGAAGCAGACCCCGAAGAACAACUUUGCCGAGAGGCAGAAGAGGCUGCAAGCAAUGCAGAAACGGCGCCUGCACCGCUCAGUGCUUUGAGCCUCCCACAUCUGGUCAGUGCCAGGCCCACCAACCUGCAGCUGGAGACUGGUUCUCUAUAGCAUUUCCUGACACUUCACUACCUUUAGGCCUGGCUGAAUUCCAAGAUAGAUGACACUUGAAAUAGAUAAAGUACUUGAUCUCUAAACUAACCAUUUAUUUUCUGUUAUUUUGCUAUUUAGCAUUUACAUAAAAAGCACAUGAUGAAGUAGGUAUCGCUUUACCUGUUGAAACUGAAAAUAAAGCUUCUUUACUUCCAA